GCAAUCGCAGCUUUUCAGUUUUCGGUGAUUCGUGGAUUUCAAUUUUACCUAUCGGAAGAACACGACACCCGACGGAAUCCACAGGAUAAUUGCAACUAGAGUGUACAACAAAAAAGUACCUGUUGAUUCUUCUUUUCAAAAUGGGCGGCGAUUCGAUAAACGCUCAGACGCUGAGCAAUCUCACCCCGGAGGAGUUCACGACGCCGAUGCUGUGCUAUGUCGUGAAAAAAACCAGUUCUGCCGGCACCGAACCGCCUCCGGACGCCGACUGCAGCGCCUUUUCCGAGCCGGUUUUAGCGGUUACCGCCGUGGUGCAGCAGCUUUAUCAGAGAGUGCGAAACAUGAAAUUUGAUGGGCGGUCGGUGAAUGUAGCCUGUUCGUCCUCGUCCCGCUCGAACGGAGCGGAGCGGGAAGGAUCCUUUUUGAAGAAAAGACCAAAUAACUUCUUCUGAGAUUCUUGUAAGGUGGAACUAUGCUAAAGCUGAAGCUGUUGGACGUACGAUGGAAAAUGAAACCGCGUCUCAUCUAGUUGUACUUAUGAUGUUUCGUGUCGUUAUGCAUGGUCAGUGAGGAAGAACCGGAACGAAAAGCAAGAAUUAUGCGAGCGAUCUUGUACACUUGCUCUUGCAGCGAAAGCGAAAUCCGUAUC